AUGGAAAGUGAGGUGGAAGUCAGCACAACUGAAGAUCCUUUAGAAAGAGAAAUGAAAGCUCUGAUCCUGUCUGAAGAAAACUUACCUCUGCCAAUCUCAAUUGAGGGAGGUCUUAGCCAAUACAUAGAGGAGAGGACAAGAGGACAAAGGCUAUGCCAGACAUGGGAAGAUCUCCACAAAGGCAGGAUUACAAGUUCGGUCUUUGGUGCCAUCCUUAGCUCUGGAGACACCCCCCACAGCUUAGUAGACCAAAUCAUUAAUGGAUCAAACUUAGACAGAUAUACAACACUCCCAAAUGCUGUCCAGUGGGGCAUUGAUCAUGAGAAGGAUGCCAUUGAGGACUACCUCAUGUUACAGAGUGCUGUCACAGAUAUGCAACUGACACCCUCAGGUAUUACAUUAUACCCCUCACAUGCUUUUCUCGGAGCAUCUAGUGAUGGAUGGGUGAUUGACCAGUCCCUUCCUGAAGAAAACCAACGAGGUGUUCUGGAGGUCAAGUGCCCCUACUCCCUGUCUGGCCAUAACAUUACAGAGAAGGAGGUCCAUGAACUUGUUGGUCAAGUGGGAUUUUGCCUAGAGCACACUGACAGGGGUCCUAGACUGAGGCGUGUCCAUAGGUACUAUGCUCAAGUUCAGGGGGAAAUGGCAAUUAUGGGAACAGCAUGGGCAGAUUUUGUUGUGUGGACAAAUGCAAAACAAAGUAACUGUUUUAUUGAAAGAAUUUUUUUUGAUGCAAAAUUUGUGUCCUCAAUGUUGCCAAAACUUGUUGAAUUUUUUGUAAAACACAUUUUACCUUCUUAUGUUAAAAAUUAAAUUUUCAAAACUUAAUAUCAAAUGUUUAGUGAAGUGAAAGCUAAAU